AUGCAUGAAACUUUCCUUUACGUACUUCGCUUUGGUCACGUGGAUGGUAUCACAUAUAAGAAUUUAGGAUCAAAUCCCGGUUCUAGAAUUCCUGAAUUUGAUCGAUCCCAUUCAGUUACUACUGCUUCGCUGAAUUCCGAUACUUCGAAAGAGAAUAAUGAACAAGAUAGUAAUAUCGAGAUAAACAGUAAUGAACAGAUAGAAAAUGAAAUCGACGAUAAUGAUAUCGAUGAUGAUUUUCAACAUUUGAAUGUUAAGCAGUUUUCUAUUGGGAUAUAUUCUGUAUUAAAGGAUAUUGUUGAUAAAUUUCAUUUAGCAUUUUGUGACUUACAAUCAUCUCAAAAACAACUACAAGAUCAACUGAUUGCCUUAGAUCAAGCACUAGGUCGAUUAGCUAAAGCUCAAGAUAGUCCUCUGAAUCUAGAACCAUUUGUGUUGGUACUACAAGAAUAUAAACAACGAAUAUCAAAAGUACAUAAUUCUUUACGUAUUUCACAGGAUAGAUACUUGAGAGGUUUAGAUCUAUCUGGUAUCAAUUUUGAAAAGCACAAAGAUCUUUUAGAUAAACAGAGAGUUGCUCGACGUACUCAAAAUAAUACUGAAAAUGAUAAUUCAUCCCUUCCUCUUCCUUCAAUAUGGCCUUCUACUGAAAUACUUCAAGAUAUGUGCCGUUUACAAUGGUUAAAAUUAAAAAACGUCGGUUUAAAAGAGAAAUUUUUACCAAAAGAAAUAACACAUUUAGAACAGUUGGAAAGUUUAUCUUUAGUUCGAAAUGAAUUAACUUCUUUAUGUUCUAUCAAAGGUUGGCCAAAUGUUUUGCCUAGUCUACGAAUGAUUACUUGUCGUAAAAAUGAAUUAACAAGUCGAGAUGCUAUUCCUGCUGAUUUAUUUGAGUGUAAUAAUCUUCAAGUUGUUGAUUUUAGUUGUAAUCAAUUAACACAAUUACCUAACGGAAUUGAAAAAGCUAAAGGCUUAUUAGCUUUAAAUCUAAGCAACAAUCAAAUUGCAUUAAUUUCACCGGAUUUAUUUGUUCAAUGUACAGAAUUAAUGUUUCUAGAUUUGGGUAAUAAUAAAUUAGAAAAUUUACCAGCACAAUUGCGUCGUUGUUGUUCACUACAACAAUUAAUCCUUUGUAAUAAUCCGUUACGUCAUGCUCAACUUAGAUCAGUGACAGCGUUGAAACAACUUGAAGUUUUAAAUUUAUCGGGUACUGAACGAAGACUGGACAAUAUACCAAAUGAAUUAGAUAAAUUAGAACGUCUUAUUGAAUUAGAUUUGUCCUGUAAUUUACUGACAAAAAUUCCUGAACCAGUUUUAUCGCUUAAAAAUCUUCGUAAACUAAAUUUAGCCCAUAAUGAAUUAUCAGAUUUAUCCACUUUAACUGGUGACUGGCCUAAACUGGAAUACCUUAAUCUUAGUUAUAAUCAGUUAAUUCAUUUACCAACCGGAUUAAUUCGUUUGUCAUGUUUACGUAAAUUAUAUGUGAAUAAUAAUCAUUUGACAUUUGGUGGUAUACCUUCAGGAAUUGGUAAAUUACAAGAUUUGGAAAUAUUCGAUGCAUCACACAAUGAAUUGGAGACUAUACCAGAAAGUCUAUGUCGGUGUGGUCGUUUAAAACGUCUGAUACUGAACUCAAAUCGUCUUCUUACACUUCCUGAUGCUAUUCAUUAUUUGAAAGAAUCUUUAGAUGUUUUUGAAGUUGACAAUAAUCCUCAAUUGAAAAUACCACCGAAACCACCUGAGUUACAGAAAGGUGCAGGUCUAGCUUUUUAUAACAUUGAUUUCUCACUGGACGCCCAACUACGUAUGAUGCGUGGGAAACCAGCUUUAAAUACUGAAACGAUUCAUCAUCCAAAGGAUCCGGCUGCUCGGUUACGACGUCUCAGAAGGCGUCGAGGAGAAGGUGUCGGGAAAGAUAGUAAAUGUGUACUUGAAGGUAUGCAACGAAUAGCUAAAGAAAAAGAAGAACUACUUGAAAAAAAGGAACAUGAGGUUGAAGAAGAAACACGUAAAUUGGCGGCUAGACGUUGGCAAGAUCUGUUGGCCAGACCACGACUCGAUUAUACAGGAAUUUUUGACGAGGAUACUGGUAUAAAUCCUGGUGUGCAAAUGUGGGAAUUGGAUCAGUUUUAUCCUAAACGUGUUGAAGAUGAUAUUUUACAAGGUCAUUUGCUUAAUGGUGAUUGUUAUGUUAUCUUACAAACUACUAUAAGUAAUAAUCAAGUAUUUGAAUGGACUAUAUAUUAUUGGAUUGGUUCUCGUUCAACAAAAGAUAAGCAGACUUGUGCAGCUAUUCAUGCUGUAAAUCUGCGUAAUUUCCUUGGCGCUGAAUGUCGAACCAAACGUGAAGAAGAAGGAGAUGAAUCUUCAGAAUUUAUAGCAUUAUUCGAUGGCAAUCUGAUAGUGUUAGACGGUGCUCGUGGUGAGACUGGAUUUAUUCAUGUUGAGGAUGAUGUUGUAGUACCCAGAUUUUAUAGGUUAUUCGGUACAGAGAAACGUUUGAAAAUUGUCUCAAUGCCAUUAACUCAUCUCAGUUUAGAUUCUAAAUUCAGUUAUCUACUUGAUGCUCAAUCUCAUCUCUAUUUAUGGAUAGGAAAAAAUUCACGUUCUAUUAUACAAACUAAAGGACGAUUAUUAGCUGAAAAAAUUUCAGUUCGUGAACGUCGAGGUGAAGCAUCCAUUCAUAUUGAACCGGAAACUCGUGAAUCCAAUGCAUUUUGGGCUAUUAUAACCGGUGUUUGGCUUCCUGCACCACUACCGAAACCAACUACUAAUUCAGACCAAAAAGAUCAUAUAAUUAAACCUUUAGAUAAUCAUGAUGAGAAUAAAGAAAUCAAUUAUCCACCUGCUCCGGUAGUCCAACCACCGAAAGUAGUGUCUCGUGACUUCAUCCCUACGGACUGGCAGCUACCUCAACCUAUUUUAUAUGAUGUUCAAAUGGGAAGAGGUUAUUUAGAAUUACCACAAGUAGAACUUGAAAAUGGUCUUUUGUCUAAACGAUUAUUAGAUUCAAAACAUGUUUAUAUUCUUGAUAGUGGUGGUCAGUUAUUUUUAUGGAUGGGUGAGAAAUCUUCGAAGUUCCUUCGAUUUGCUGGUUAUAAAUUAGCAUUACAACUUAUGGGUUUAAUGCCUAGAAGUCGUUUAGGUGGACUUGAAUUAUUAUUUACUGAAUCAAAUAUGUCUACACUAACACAAACACUAUUAAAUAAUGAUCAUGUGGAUUGGUGGAAUGAUUUUACAGAUUCAUUGCUUCAACCGUGUACACAAGGAGCUGAGACUCAAAUAUUCAAGUGUCAAUUUUGUGAUUGGGAUGAGGCUUUAGCUGUAGAUUUUACCCGUACUGCUGAUUCUGUAGCACGUCGUGGAGUGGAUAUCAAUCAAAUUUUAGAAAAAGAUAAACCAGCUACUGAUCUUCGAGCAUUAUUAGCACCUAGAGAAACACCACUUACCAAUGAAGAAGCUCUACAAAUGAUGGCUGAAUGGAAUGAUGAAUUAAUUGAACCACCAAAAGAAAAUAUUGUAGAGUCAAGCAGUGCUUUACAACAAUUUAUAAUGGUUGAUGGGAAAUGGAAUCUUGUGGAAAAUCGUUGGUUUGGACAAUUCUUCAAUCAAGAUUCGUAUAUUCUAAUUGCACGCUAUUGGGAUUAUGAUGAUGAAAACAAAGAAUUUUCAGAGAGUGAUAAUCAAGGUGAUGAUACUGACGAGGAUUCAAGUCUUACAAAAACCGUAGUCUAUUUUUGGCAAGGUCGUGAAGCAUCCGAUUUAAGCUGGCUCCAGUUUGAAUUCUCAGUUCGUAAAGAUAUGCAAGCUCGUCUAUCACAAAAUCCAGAAAAUGUUAGUCGACCAUUAAAAGUAGUAUUUAAACGCGUAAAACAACAACAAGAAGACACCAUGUUCUUAGCUCAUUUUCAACGUCAGUUCAUCAUUCAUUCAGGCCAUUAUCGUGAUCGUGCUGAAUCAUCACGUUUAGAACGAAUUCAAAUGUAUUAUAUUAGAGCAAAUGGUAACCUUAUAUCCACUCGAUGUAUAGAAGUCAAACCGUCAGUUGUAAAUUUAAACUCUUGUUUUACUUACAUAAUUAAAGUACCUGCACAUAUCGUUAGUGUACUUGAAAAGAAACAAACAGAUAAAUGUCAUGUCUAUGUUUGGACUGGAGGUAAAUCUUCAUCUGAAGAUAAAGAGUUGGCUAUUCGUUUAAGCGAGAAAAUGUUCAGUUGGAUUCCGACUGAUUUCCAUACUGUACCUGAAGGUUCUGAACCUCCUUUAUUUUGGCAAGUGUUGGGUGGCCAGAAGAAAUAUGAUACAUCAGCAGACUUCCUUACUUACGGCCGACUCUUUCGUUUGUCUAAUGAACAAGGUUAUUUUUGUGCAUCAGAAAAGUGUGCAGAUUUUUGUCAAGAUGAUCUUGCUCCAGACGAUGUCAUGCUGUUGGAUACGGGAUCUCAGAUAUACCUUUGGUGGAGUAAACGUACAUCAGACGUUGAACAGAAAUUAUCUUUACAAGCUGCUAAACUUUAUCAAAGUCAUUUACGUCAGAUGCAACCGGACCGACCAAGACAACUUAAGCUUACAGUGAAAAAUGCUGAACCACAUUUAUUUCGACAGUGUUUUCAUGGUUGGGGACCAUAUCGUGAACCAAAAGAUUGGUCAGGUUAACAAGUUUAGCUGCAUUCUCUUUUCGUUUCUCCUUGUUAUUUAUGUUUGCUUUUAUUAGUUAUCUAUUCCGUUUUGUAUUUACAAAUGAAUACACAGUUUAGUAGUGCAUAUAUCAAACCUAACUUGUAUGUCCGUAAACUUUUUUUACUGUGAACAACUUUCUUAUUACUGUUCUUUAUUUACAAUCGUUUCAGUUUGAUUUCUUUCUAUACUCAUUUUCUAUAUCAACAUUUCAUAACGUUUAUUCCUUUUUUUUC